ACUCUGCUGAGCAACAAUUGUCUCUGCUGUUAGAUAUUUUGACAGCUUUGUAGGUUUCAGACUACAACAUGUCAAAGGUUUCAGACAGCUUCCUUUCACUCGGGUAAGUUGACUUACAAACAAUUGUAUUUUGUUGCAAGACACUUGCUCCUUUCCUACAAUUAGGUUUUGCAUAGUGAUUAUACACCUGAUAAUGAUACGAAACAUCUUCAGAAACCUUCUUGUUCUUGCAUGUUGACAGUCAUACUGCAAGUUACCAAUCGGUUCCAUAGAGUAUCCAAAACUAGCUCGCCUUUAGAAGCAUGAUCAGGCUGUUAAGAUAUAUCGUAAAAAGUCUUCAAGGUGGCUUACGUUAUUAGUCUUCAGCUUAGGAGAACAGAGGAGAAAGAAAUAAUAAACUGUACUUUUGGACCAAGUAAGGUACUUAUUCAACCCUUGACAUAGUUGCUGUUGCUCAAAAAAAAAGACAUAAUGUUUGUAUUUGUUUUCUCCAGUCUCUUGCAGUAGUGGCACGCCACAUCCAUUAUUUUAAUAGAAGUUUUCAACCUCUAUUAACAUAAGACUUAAGAUCUUUAAUCUCUUAAAUUUUUCAAAAACGUUAUGAUCUUCAAAAACAAAAAGUCUCUGAGCAGAGUUUUUUCAUUUUUCCUUUCCUCCAAGCAAGCAUAACGGACCAUCAUGAUCUUUGCGGAGUCAAGUCACCAGCGGAUAUCCUUCGCGAAUGAUCUAGGCCAAUCAGAUAAAGCACUUACGAUUGAACAACAUCAACAACAACCAUCAGGGCUGGUUCGAAGAGACACAACACUUUUAGAUUCAGAUUUCGAGUUCCACACUUCAAGAAACUUUGAUCCUGAAGAUUCCUCACCUGCUGAUGAGAUCUUCGCUGAUGGGAUGAUCCUUCCUUUCCAAGUAACUACUGCAUCCACCAUUCCAAAACGUCGUUACAAGUACGAGCUCCCUCCUAUCAUCCCUGCUCCCUCCUCCUCUCUUAUUCCUCCUCAGCCAUUGCCAUCACCUCAACAGUCGAGAAAAUACUGCCAGAAGGAAACACCAGGAAUCGGAAACGGUCGCGCAGAUAUGGUCUCGGAGGCAGAGAAGUCAUCAUCAAAGUCGUUUUGGAGCUUCACGAGAAGCUCGAGCCUAAACUGCGAUAUAAAGAAGAGUCUGAUAUGCUCCUUUCCUCGUUUGACAAGAAGCAUUUCCACAGGAUCAGUGAUGAAUUCGAAGAGGGCAAUGCUUAGAGACAUUGACAAGCGUAGCUCGCUGAGACAUGGAGGAGCCCCACGUCCAGGACCAGAUCAUUCAUCUCAUUUGUCCUCUUCUUCUUGUCCUCCCUCUUCCUGCUGCAGCUCGUAUCAGUUCAGGCCGCAAAAGCACACCGGCGGCGGCAGCAGCAGCAGCAGAGGAGGAAGCUUUCGGGUUACUCCUGUGAUAGGUGGUCCAUCUCCGUUUGGGUUAGGAUCUAUCUUACGACUUUCCAAAGAGAAGAAGACCAAGAACAAGUAAUGUGUUGUUUUUUUCUUUUGAUCUCAAAAGUAGGAUCCUCUCUCAUUGUUUUAUUUGUUUUUGUGUCACGCAUGAGAUUCUGCAUGCAAACAAUGUCCCAAGUAGAUACACAUUUAUUUACCAUUAUCAGUUGUCAUUUACUUAUAAGUGAUAACUGGCGAGGUUC